CGCUACGUUAACGAUAAGAAGCCAGUGGCGACGUCAUCGACCCUCUCUUCCCAUUUCGCAUCGAUCAUCAGUUCUUGGUUUCCAGUCCAACGAAGCAGAAGAACCGCACACGGCAACACGGGUUGUUCGUUGUGUUGUUGGUCCAGGCUUGUUGUCGUACUCGCACUAUUUGACAGGAACCCGCGGAAACCUUGAUUCAGAUCCUUUCUCUACUCGGACCCUGAACCUGUCACUCAUCUCCGCUGUCAUCCUUUCCUGCUGCCACCUAGUGCGCGCCUACUCUGCCGACGCCUCUUGACUACACUAAUACCUCUCCUUGAUCGUCAUCAUGUCCUGGGACCUCACCCGUCGUCGAUGGAUGCGACGGUUGAACAGCAAAUAUAUCUUUGACCGCUUUCCCCUAUUGCAUGCCAUUGUCUUCAUAAUCGAAAUGACCAUUAUCGCCCGGCUCACGAGCCGGUUCAACCAGUUCUACAAUGAACGACCUGGUGCGUUUUCCAAGUCCCAUUCUCCUAACGCGGCGGGUUCGAGUCGCGGCGGGUUCGAGUCGCGGCCAUGUUUUCACACGUCACGUACGCUUUCGUUGCCCUGCGCAACCAUGGCUAACAAAAGUGCCAUGGCAGUGCUCACGAUGAUGGUGACCAAUGCGGUCCUGGCUGGUGUCGCCGAUACGGUAGCCCAGUCCAUCACGGCGGUCCGGCAACGUGCCGUCCGCAAGUACCCACCCGGCCGAGGCCCGAACGCGCGCGACGACUUUGUUGCCUACGAGAUUCACGAGCUCGACCGGAAGAACCCCCUCAACGAACAAGAGCUGAUCCCCGAGUCGCGGGACCUGCCGCCCCCGUUCGACUUUGAGCGGCUGACCCGCUUCAUGGCGUUCGGCUUCUGCAUGGCGCCCUUGCAGUUCAAGUGGUUCGGAUUUCUUGAGCGAUGCUUCCCCAUCACCAAGAAGAACGCCUACCAGUCGGCUUUGAAGAGAGUGGCUUUCGACCAGCUCAUCUUUGCGCCCUUUGGUCUGGCCUGCUUCUUCACGGCCAUGACGCUGGCCGAGGGCGGUGGAAAGAGAGGCGUGUAUGAGAAGAUGAGGGAUCUGUAUGUGCCGACGCUCAAGGCGAACUACGUGCUUUGGCCGGCGGUCCAGGUUAUUAACUUUCGGUUGAUGCCCGUGUCGCUCCAGCUGCCAUUCGUUUCCACUGUUGGUAUCGCUUGGACAGCCUACCUUUCACUCACCAAUGCCGCUGAGGAUGUGCAGCACACCACCCCUCAUCGGGCACCUGGCUCUCCCGACAUUCGUCUAUCCUAAAGAAUAUCUGCGCAACGACAUGAACAGCAUUGUACACCUGCCGGGUUGCCUUUGUCCCUGUUUUUUUGUCGCGGAGAGGGGAAUUGUAAGAGAGUUCACGGAAGGGGUUCGGAGGAUAAGUACUAUACCACGGCACUUCUUUCAUACAGCUGACCGACCUCAAGGCGUCUUGGAGUUUUGACCGAGGGUAGCAUUGCCCUCUUCUUUCUUUCCGUUCGUUGUAUCUAGCUAGACCCAGUCUCAGUUGAAACAUAGAACCACCUGGCGUUACUUCUCACAGCUUGUGAUGUACCUGGCG